UUUCGUUUACCCUCGAGUGGUUGAGGAAACUCGCCUAGCUACCUCUGGGUCUCGCUCUCCUAUCUCAGUUACCCUCGUAGAUAAUAAGAUGCAGCGCUUCUUCGAUCAGACGGUCCUCGACCUCCACUUCUCCCUCACCCUCCAGCCACCGGAUAGUACCCAGGCGCCUCGGCGCUACCAUUCCUCCGCCUACUUCGACGUGCUAGAGACUGGGUACGACUUUAUCCUUGACACUCCCUGGUCUCGCCGGUUYCGUAGCACAGAGGCCGAAUGGGUGUUUGAGACACUCAUUCUCAAAACGAAGUGUGGUCAAACCCAUCGAGUCCCCUUCAUUGGAACCACGGGCGACACCCYUCCAAACCUACCUCCCYAGGACCCUCGUCCUUCUGGGUCCCACCCRGACAUCUCCUUCACUUCUCCCCGUCARUUUGCUCACUUCAUCCGACAGGAGGACGUCACGCUCUACUCAGUGAACGUCAUGGAUCUUCUUCGCUACGAUCCACUCUGUCCCGAGGUUGAGCUCAUCUCAUUGGAGCCCGAUCCCCCUGACCCUUCCUCCAUCUUCGCGGCUCCCAUCUCUACAUCCACCCAGCAGCCUGCGGAUACCCCCUCGACAUCCCAGGUUCCUACGCCGUCCACUGCCGAGUCCACCCAUACGUCUCGUGUCGACGCAGACGUUGAGGAACUCAUGCGGUUCACGGCUGACUUAGAGCCCGUCAUUCGCGACCUGAUUCGGGAGUACCGAGACGUCUUCCCCUCGUAUUUCUCAUACAGUGGGAUUCCUCCGAUGCGCGGUGUCGAGCAUUCCAUCCAGCUCGUGUCUGACUAUCGUGUUCACCAUCAGGCACCAUACCGACUCUCGAUUCCAGAGGCGACGAAACUCAAGCGUCAACUUGAGGAGCUCCUUCGACUUGGUUUCAUUAAACCUAGUAACUCCUUUUGGGGUGCACCUGUCCUCUUUGCUCGCAAAGCGGACGGAACUCUCCGCCUCUGCAUCGAUUAUCACGGCCUUAACCGUUACACGGUUAAGAACAACUAUCCCAUGCCCCGUGCGGAUGAGUUGUUUGACCGUCUGUCAGGCAACCGCUUCUUCACGAAGAUCGAUCUUCGUAGCGGUUACCACCAGAUCCGCGUUGCCGCAGAGGACCAGCCGAAGACCGCCUUUCGGUCGCGCUUCGGCCACUACGAGUUCACAGUGAUGCCAUUCGGCCUCACCAAUGCACCCGCCACCUUCCAAACGGCGAUGAACGACAUCUUCAGGGACAUCCUUGAAGAAUACGUUCUCGUAUACCUGGACGACAUCCWGGUCUACAGUCGUACCUUAGAAGACCAUAUCAGACACCUCCGCGAUGUCCUACAGCGCUUACGCAAGCAUGGCUUCUAUGCCAAGCUCAGUAAGUGCCGCUUUGCCCARCGCAAAGUGGACUUCCUAGGACACCAUGUGUCUGACCAGGGUCUCCACAUGGACGAUGCGAAGAUCACUGCUAUUGCAGAGAUCGCCCACAUGGCGGCGAUUAUGAAGCGUGCACACGAGAGUUUAGCCGACUCCCAGACUCGCAUGGCCGCACGAGCGAACCGAUCACGAAUGGAUCAUCCAUUCAAAGUCGGUGACGAUGUGCUCGUCGACGCACUCCACUUACAGCUCGAAGCAGAUAUGCUUCGCAAGUUCAGGCGUAGUUUCUUCGGUCCAUGCCGCAUCCUUCAGGCCGUCGGCUCUGAUACUGCCGCUAGUCCGGUCAGCUUCCGUGUGAAGCUACCUGAUUACCUUCGACAGGCUCGCGUACACGAUGUUUACCACGUCUCCUUGCUGCGUCCUUAUCGCAGACCAUCCGAGCGCUUCACCGGACGCCCUUAUGAGCGCCCUCCACCUAUCAUGGUGGACGGUCACGAGGAGUUCGUUGUUUCCGACAUCGUAUCACGCCGAGUUACCGACGAUACCCCUCCACGCAUCGAGUACCUUGUACGUUGGAAGGGCUACCCUGAUGAGGAGGCUACUUGGGAGCCCCUCGAGCACUUGCAACACGCCAGGAUGUUGGUGCGUGCAUAUGAUCGUGCUCGUCGUGCUGGGACAUCUGCUUCUACUCAGCCGACUUACCCUCUUCCUCCUCCUCCGGCUGAGGAGAUCGCUGAGGAUGAGCCCGCUCCCUUUGAGGCCGUUCCUCAGCCGCAGAUGGUCGCCUCCGAGCGUCCACAGCGCACUCAUCGUCGCCCUUCACGGUACGAUGACUGACACUCUUAUCCUCCAUCUUUCCCCACUGACUCACACCAUCAGGUACUCCAUCAUCAGCUCUUCUUCAGGAUGUCAGCGUUUUGC